UCCCGGGUCAGGUAAGACAGGUAAUAAUGCAGAGUUGUGUUUUUCCAGGUUCCUCAACGUGGUUGGCUAUCAACAGCUCUCGAUGCAAAGAACCAGCGAUGUCCCACAGUGCCAAACAGCAGGCCACUGCUCUCCUAAACGCUGCUGGGAAAACCCAACAUGGAAGUUUCCUGGUGGCCAUUAAACAGGAGAAAGGGGAGGCCCUGCGGCCUGUUGGCGAGAAGCCCCAUGGCGAAGAGGAGGUGAGCCCCCUGCCGGUGAAGAAGCGGGGCUGGCCAAAGGGCAAGAAGAGGAAGAAGAUCCUCCCCAAUGGGCCCAAGGCUCCAGUAACAGGCUAUGUCCGUUUCCUGAAUGAACGACGGGAGCAAAUCCGUAUGCAGCACCCAGAUCUGCCCUUCCCAGAGAUCACAAAGAUGCUCGGGGCUGAGUGGAGCAAACUGCAACCCACAGAGAAACAGCGAUACCUGGAUGAGGCAGAGCGGGAGAAGCAGCAGUACAUAAAAGAGCUGAGGGAAUACCAGCAGUCCGAGGCUUACAAGAUGUGCGCCGAGAAGAUGCAGGAGAAGAAGAUCAAGAAAGAGGAUGCUACAUCAGGAACUGUCAAUACCCUGCUGAACGGAUACAAGGCUGGAGACAGCAGCAGUGACUUCUCGACGUUUGACACCCCCAUAUUCACAGAAGAAUUCUUGGACCAGAAUAAAGCACGGGAAGCAGAGCUGCGACGCCUCCGCAAGAUGAACACCGAGUUUGAGGAGCAGAACGCCAUUUUGCAGAAGCACACGGAGAGCAUGGGCUGUGCCAAGGAGCGCCUGGAGCAAGAGCUGGCCCUGGAGGAGAGGCAGACGAUGGCCCUCCAGCAGCAGCUCCAGGCUGUGCGCCAAGCUCUGACGGCCAGCUUUGCCAGCCUGCCCAUCCCAGGAACAGGGGAGACUCCCACCCUUGGCACUCUGGAUUUCUACAUGGCUAAGCUGCACAGCGCCAUCGAGAGCAACCCUGUGCAACAUGAGAGGCUGGUGGUCCGCGUGAAGGAGAUCCUGUCCCGUAUUGCCAGGUGAGUGAGGGGCUUAUUUCCAAAGG